CCGGAUGGCCGAGCCGCCCGCCCCGAUCACUCGGGCGGCGGCCGGCGGCGGGCGAGGAGUCGGGACCAGCCCUCCCUGCCGGGAGAGCCACCGCCAUGGUCUCAUGGAUCAUCUCCAGGCUAGUCGUGCUUAUAUUUGGAACUCUUUACCCCGCGUAUUAUUCUUACAAAGCCGUGAAAUCAAAGGACAUCAAAGAAUAUGUCAAGUGGAUGAUGUACUGGAUCAUAUUCGCACUCUUCACGACAGCAGAGACAUUCACUGAUAUCUUUCUUUGCUGGUUUCCAUUCUACUAUGAACUCAAAAUAGCUUUUGUAGCUUGGCUGCUGUCUCCAUACACAAAAGGCUCCAGCCUCCUGUACAGGAAAUUUGUUCAUCCAACACUGUCUUCAAAAGAAAAGGAGAUUGAUGACUGCCUCAUCCAGGCAAAGGACAGGAGCUACGAUGCCCUGGUGCACUUUGGAAAGCGGGGGCUGAACGUCGCGGCCACAGCAGCUGUCAUGGCAGCUUCAAAGGUCUCUCAGCUACUUCAUUUGCACUUGUAUUGGGACCAGAAAAAAGGGCAGGGACAGGGGGCCCUGUCUGAGAGACUCAGGAGCUUUAGCAUGCAGGAUCUCUCAUCAAUCCGUGGAGACAGCAGCACCACUGUUCCUCCCCCAGUCACUGUCCGAACAAGUAGCAAACAGAGCCACCCAAAACCAUCCAGAAGUGCAUCAGAAGGCACUGGCAGCUCAGAGUGCACGUGUUGCUCAGUGUGCCGACUCCUCAGAGGUGUGGACAAUAAAUAUGAAAAGCCACCUGAGACAAACUGUGAAACAAAAGGCUCUGUGUUCUCAGAUGAUGAAGAGAACGAUUCAUUGGCUUGUGCAUCCAUGAACAAAAGGCCCAAAAAGAAGGAUCAACCCCUUGAGGCACCGCCUAGGACCCUCAGACCUCGCUUCAGGAAGAAAAGUACCUCGUCCUCUGCCACUGAAACAAUGUGAGUGCAAUGAGCCAAUAGCACCAAGAUCCACAGAAUGUCUCUCUUCUGCCUUAAGGAGCUACUCAUUAAUUAUGUAGGAAACAGCAGUGGGAUGGAUGUGCUUUGAUGUCCAGCAUUGUAGACAUGGCCUUUCUCUCUCCUCUCUCUGUAUCCUUCUGUUACGCGCUUCCCGCGCUUGUCCCCGACGUGGGCAGGACAGUCUGGCAGACACCUGCAGGUCAAGAGUCCUUGUUUGGUCUGCAGGGUGUACACCCACUCACACUGAGCCUAUAAGGCUGUACAUUUACAAUUCUCAUUUGUGUCUGCAUAGCUCUAGCUCUGUGAAUGCACAGCAGGAACAAAAAUAAUCAGUUGCUCACGAUGAUGCGUUGACAGUGUUUUUAUUUAUGACUUUACUGAAGUGGAUUUGCAGAAGCCAUGGAUUUCUCUACUCUCCCUUCCCCCUCAAGACUGUGGAUGAUGUAACAAGUGUCAAAGUACUUUGACUGUACAAGAUGUCAAAGAUCCAUUAGAGAAAGCUGAGCUACAACUUUUUUGCUCUUUCUGUGAGUAAAUCGUGUAUUCUGAGGAAAUUAUUGUGCUAAAAAACCACAUAGUGACAAAACCCCUUGCAGAGGAUGAGGAAGAGAUGUGCAAGAGAAAAUAAGUGGUUUCAAUGAUGUAAUGAAGAGGGAGUCUUAAUUUUGAUCAGCCUGAGCCAGGAGAGUAUUGUGUGGAAAGCAAGGGCUGGUAGAAGAAAUAGUUCAUAGUGCUUGUGGCAAAUGUUCUUUCUACUGCCAGUUUUUAAGUGUGAGCAAGCCAGGCUUGUACAAGCUGCAGCAGCAGAAGUUAGAAUUGCUUUAGUGAUGUGCUUCCAGGGGAAAAUGCACCCUUGUCCCCUGCCUGCAACAGUGUCAGUCCCAGCCUUCCUCGUUCCCAGUGAGGUGCUGCUGGUUUAUUUGCACGAGCAGAGCAGGGCACUGGGUCUGAGCUGCUUUUUGGAGCCUGGAGUUUUGCCUGUAGCAUGGAGUUUGGUUAGAAGCCCCGGAGCCAGAUGGAGUGGUGUAUUUGUAUCCAUAUAUAAAUGAGAAACAUAAAAGAAGAGGAAAGACGUGGUAGGGUUUAUGUGUUUGUGCUUCAAGUUGGUGUCUCUUGUAAGUGUUGAGCAUGUGAGAUUCACACAUAAGUUAAUUAUUUGUGUUUGCCCUUGGACCCGUCACGUAGAUUAGAAGAACAUUUAGCAGUAUGCAGAACGUGGUGGCAUCACUGAUGGGUCAGCACAUGGGCUUGGUGCUGAAACCCCCCCUCAGGAUGCCAGCAGCCAGCUGGGGUGUGUCAGGCUCAGAGCUCAAUCUGCAGUGGUCUUUGAAACCUUUUCUCUGCCGGAUAUGCAUUGAGAUCCCAGCUGGCCCUGACUGAUGGAUCCCUGAGGUUUCCCCCCAGAGCUUCCUACAUAUGUGGGGAAGAGAGAAAUUAAUUUUGUGCACGCACAAACGUUUAUCUGAGCUGGUUGGGAAGUGGAAAAAAGCAAGCAGGCAUUUCCUGUGUCUGCCACAAGAUUUGGCCUGGUUACCUGAGAAUUUUAUUUCCUUUACAUGCUAAUUCUAUCGUAUUUUGCAAUGGUCAAGAAGGAAAAAGUCUUCAGAAAGUAGAUUGGAAAAAACCCAACAAACCUGUUUAAAUAGCAGAUACAGGAGAGUCAGUCCUUGGAAGAUAUUCAGCAAAAGCUUUGAGGAGCUGAGCUUGUGUGCUUUAUUUUUAAGCAGCUUUAGAGUUUAUUUGAUUUCUCUUGGCAAACAUUUAAAAGAAAUGGAAAAACUGCCUGCAGUGUUAGCAGAAAAUAAAACCCUGUUGCAAGCAAGCUAUGUUUCCUGCUAUGCAAAGGGCUGCCAUAAGAUAAAAAGAAGCUGACAAGUUUGCACUCAAUUAUGCCAAAAAACCCCACGAACAUAGAGCUACACAACAUCUGAUAAAUUCUAUUCUCAGACAUGCUAUAUUAACAUUGAUUCUCACUAAAAUUAUUAAAUGUGCAUCUAAUCUGCUGUUUGACUGUACACUUGACUUUAGCAUUUCUUACGUGCUGAGGUGAAAUUGCUGACAAGGGAGUUGCCUUAUAUCUCUCAGAAUCUUCACUGUAUAAAGGAGAAAAAUAAACCUUUUCAUAUCUCUGGCAAAAUAAAAAAAAAGUUUUAAUUUAUCAAGGGAGCUGUAUAUUUGUGUAUAGAUAGACAAGAAAUGGGAGCACCUGACCACGUGCACCGAGUGCUGUAGUGUUUGCUUUGCAUACUGAAGAGAACAGUCAUUUGCUUUUGAUGCCUCAUCUUCCACACACAGGUUGUUUACAGGUGUUGCCCCCAGUCCAUCACUUCACUCUUUGGCUACUUGAGUUCGUUCGGAAUAACCACCAGACGCGAAAUCUUUGGUUGAGCCCAGGAACAAGCCCGAUUCCCCGGGUCGUCUUCCUGCGCUCAUCCUGACCCCUCCUGGCAAACCCGAGGUUGCAGGAUCGGAGGCUUCUUGGGCUGCUGGUGAUGGGGAGCAGCUCUCAGCUUCCUCCCAGCUCAGGUUCUGAGGGUGCAUUCCGGGUAACUGCUUGCAGAUUACACCUCAAAGCAAGCAGUCCUUCAGCUGAUGGUUUAAAAUAGAGACAGAUCUGGCUUAAGUAAGAAAAACCCGGGUUUGAGACCUUUCAGGCAGCUGUCCUCUGAUCAGUGUUGUAGGGCAGGCAGAGAUCUGACUGCCCAGAGAUGGCCUGGGGAGUGUAACCCUGAAAGAGGCCAGCCCUACAAAGCUCAGCCACUGAUCUGUGCCAAGCUCAGGUGAAGUUUGCAUUAUUGUAAGCAAGGAAAAUUGGAAGCUGAGGGGACAAAAACCGCUGCUGAAGAUGGUCCCUAGAAAAUGGGCUGGUGAAUUACCUUACACAUUUAUCAGAAAUUCACCUCAGUUAUGAAGAGAAUAAGGUCCAGCAGCUCAGUGCAGCCCUCCACACCUCCUUUCCUGUGGUAGCAGCCAGUGCCAGUGCAGUUACAGCCACCACCAGCUGCUGGCUCAGCUGCACAUCAGAGACAAGACAGACUUAAUGUGUGUCACUGUCACCUUGGAAUUAACCCCACACUAAUCUAAAUUGUGUAAGUGCAAACCCAGGCAAAUCGGGUUAUUUAUCCCUAAUGAGAGGGAGAAAGCUGCUUGGAGAGCUGUGCUGCUCCCCAGCCUCACGAGAAGAGCCUCCUGCCUCUGACUGCUCUCUGAAGUGUUCUCAUGUAGUGAUGAACCCCUCGUGCUUGUGACCCAAUGCUCUUUAAUCACAGUCUCCUUUUUUUUUUGCUGUUUGUUUCAAGUACCCGUUGUGCAUCCAGCACCACUUGGAAAUAGCAGAGAACACUGCACUGGGAUUUGCAUUUAGACAAAGUAAGGAUGGUACUUGUGCACUUCAUGUGAUUUCUUCCUGUGAUGAAAUGGUACACUUAAUGCCUCACAGCAAGGGCCAUUACAAGAGUAUUCCAAAGGUUGCUGUUUUGCUGGUUUUGUUACACUGCUUGAUAUACAUCCUGAAUAAAGUCUUAAAUCUUUUCUUUAAAAAAAAAAAAAAACAGGAAAAAAGAAAAAAGAAAACAUCUGUAGUCUGUUCACUGUAUCUGGCAGGCCAGAAUAAUUACUUUUGAUUGCUGUAUUAUUUUUAUCUCAAUUCUGGCUGACUGUAUAUAGAUGUAUUCACUAAGUGCUGCAUGUCCUUCAGAACUUUCUGUAUUAUGAACUGGAAAAAAAUACAGCUACUGAACACUGA